AUGGCGGCCGCCGCCCAGCCCGCGCUGGCGGAGGAGUCGCCCUUCCUGCGCCACGGGUCGAUCGAGCCGCGCGGAUGCGACCACUCGGCGAUCAUGGGGGCCGUGCCUGAGACCAAGGUCAGUGUGCUUCAAAAUGGCCUGCGGGUCGCCAGUGAGACACAGCCAUUCGCUGAGACUGCGACAGUGGGUGUGUGGAUCGAUGCUGGGAGCCGUUUCGAGACCGACAGAAACAAUGGCACAGCUCAUUUCCUGGAGCACAUGGCCUUCAAAGGGACGAAGGACAGGACGACAAAGAGCCUGGAGGUUGAGGUGGAAAACAUGGGCGGCCACCUGAAUGCCUACACCUCUCGGGAGGUCACCUGCUACUUUGCCAAGGUCAUGGCCAAGGAUGUGCCUAAAGCGGUGGACAUCCUGGCGGACAUUCUGCAGAACCCCGUGUUUGACGAGGCUGCCAUCGCACGGGAGAGUGGGGUGAUUUUAAGGGAGAUGGAGGAGGUUGAGAAGCAAAUGGAUGAGGUGGUAUUCGACCAUCUGCAUGCUACAGCCUUCCAGCACAGCCCCCUGGGUAGGACUAUCCUAGGGCCAGCUGAAAACAUAAGGGCCAUAAGCAGGGAUGACCUGGCAGACUACAUCUCCACACAUUACACAGGUCCCAGGAUG